CCAAAGUCAGUACCACGCUAAGUAAAAAGCAAUAGACGACAGGACAGCAAUCAUGCGGGUGUUUCUGGCGGUUAUUGUCAUGGCUGAGUGGUUAUUUGCGUUGGUAUUUGGAUUCCAGGAAAUAUUCUGUAUGAUUGGUAAACCUGGGACCUGUCCAAGAAGUAUGGGGGAACUGCCAUCAAAAUCGUUCUGCACCUGUGAUAAUGAGUGUCCUGGCAAAAUGAAGUGCUGUGCCUUUAACUUCAGUUACUGUGACCUACCAGCUCUUGGAAAGCCAGUUCCAUGUCGCAUCACAAAGGCAGGGGACACAAUAUGUACUGCUAACAAAGAUUGUCCCAAGGGCUGGAAGUGUUGUUCUAAUGGCUGUGGUCACCUGUGUGCACCUCCAGCUACAGGAAAGUGAGAUUGACCCCCAUCAAAGGGAUGUUCGGUGGUCCCAGGAUUCCUACUGUCCUGGGCCAUUGCAAUGCUGCCAGAUGGGCUGUGGAAAUGUACACUGCUUGUCCCUGUGACUUAGGGGGGCUUUCUGGUGCAAUUCUGAAUUGUGGUCUACUGAGCAAUAAAUGCUUUUGUGCAAA